CCUAGGCUCCCAGGCCCGGUGCGCGCGUGCGUGAGCGCGCCUGCGCCGCCAGGACCGCUUGCAAGGGGAGGAGAGCCGCCGCCUCAGGAGGACCCCUUUCCUCCCCACCCACGAAACUACUCAAUGGUGAGACCUUUCAAAGUGAUUGUAGAGAACUUGGAAGCACCAUGGAUGGGUUUUAUGAUCAGCAAGUCCCUUUUAUGGCCCCAGGGAAAUCUCAGGCAGAGGAAUGUCGAGCCCGGCCUGUGAUUGACAGGAAGAGGAAAUUCUUGGACACAGAUCUGGCGCAUGAUUCUGAAGAGUUAUUUCAAGAUCUCAGUCAACUGCAAGAGGCUUGGUUAGCGGAAGCACAAGUUCCUGAUGAUGAACAAUUUGUCCCAGAUUUCCAGUCGGAUAACUUGGUGCUUCAUGCCCCGCCCCCAACCAAGAUCAAACGGGAACUGCACAGCCCCUCCUCAGAGCUCUCUUCCUGCAGCCAUGAGCAGGCCCUUGGUGCUAACUACGGAGAAAAGUGCCUCUACAACUAUUGUGCCUAUGAUCGGAAGCCUCCCUCUGGGUUCAAGCCAUUAACCCCCCCCACCACACCCCUGUCACCCACUCACCAGAAUUCCCUGCUUCCCCCACCUCAGGCAACUCUGCCCACCUCAACACAUGCCCCUGCCACCGUCCCAGUACAAGGUGUGGGGCCUGCCCCCGCCCCUCAUUCGCUUCAAGAACCCGGACCACAGCAGCAGACCUUUGCCGUCCCCCGACCACUGCAUCAGUCCAUGCAGAUGCCAAAGAUGUUGGCUGAAAACCAGUAUCCCUCAGAACUGAGAUUUCAGCGACAACUCUCUGAACCUUGCCAUGCCUUCCCUCCUCAGUCAGGCGUUCCUGGAGAUAAUCGUCCCACUUACCACCGGCAAAUGUCAGAGCCUAUUGUCCCUGCAGCUCCCCCACCCCCUCAAGGAUUCAAACAAGAAUACCAUGACCCGCUCUAUGAACACGGGGUCCCUGGCAUGCCAGGUCCCCCAGCACACGGGUUCCAGUCACCAAUGGGAAUCAAGCAGGAGCCCCGGGAUUACUGCGUUGAUUCAGAAGUACCCAACUGCCAGUCGUCCUUCAUGAGAGGGGGCUAUUUCUCCAGCAGCCAUGAGGGUUUUUCAUAUGAAAAAGAUCCCCGGUUGUACUUCGAUGACACAUGUGUGGUACCUGAGAGGCUGGAAGGCAAAGUCAAACAGGAGCCCACUCUGUAUCGAGAGGGUCCCCCCUAUCAGAGGCGAGGUUCUCUGCAGCUGUGGCAGUUCCUGGUUACUCUUCUUGACGACCCGGCCAAUGCCCACUUCAUUGCCUGGACCGGCCGAGGCAUGGAGUUCAAGCUGAUAGAGCCCGAGGAGGUUGCUCGGCGCUGGGGCAUUCAGAAGAACCGGCCAGCCAUGAACUACGACAAGCUCAGCCGCUCUCUGCGCUAUUACUACGAGAAGGGCAUCAUGCAGAAGGUGGCAGGCGAGCGAUACGUCUACAAAUUCGUCUGUGACCCGGAUGCCCUUUUCUCCAUGGCCUUUCCUGACAAUCAGCGCCCAUUCCUGAAGGCCGAGUCCGAGUGCCACCUCAACGAGGAGGACACCCUGCCACUGACCCACUUUGAAGACAACCCCGCUUACCUCCUGGAUGUGGAUCGCUGCGGCAGCCUCCCCUACGCUGAAGGCUUUGCUUACUAAGUUUCUCAGUGGCUGUGCGGCCAAACCCUAGAGCUAGCAGUUCCCAUUCAGGCAAACGAGGGCAGUGGUUUUGUUUGUGUUCUUGGCUGUUCCUGAAGCUUGCCCUUUGAGUAUUAUCUGGAGAGCCCAAGCCAUUUUCGGAUUGUCACCCUUAAAGACAGACACCUGGGCUAGCAAGUGGAAACGGGGAGGGGGUGGGCCAGAAAAACCACCCAGGAAAAGGGGCUGGUGCCUCGGCCCUGAUUCUGAUGAGGUUUCUGGAAAGGGAUUGAAAUGGAGGCUCCUUGCCAUGGACAAUAUAUGCAAAGCAAUACCUUGGUCAGGUUAAUCCCUGCAAACCAGGUGAGUGUGCGACAAUCUUCUUUGAUCGUGGACUGCUAACUGCCUUGAUGCAGGUGGGCUCUGAUUUGCACAACGUCUUGAAAAAUCACAAAUCCAUAGAGAAACCAGGCUGUUGUGGAGGUUCAGACCGUGGGGGGUUUACAAUACGUCUUGGAAUUUGGAGCUCAAUUGAAACUGAUUCCCCUUGGUAGAGAAAGCAGAGGGGAGGGUCAGAACAGCUACCCCCCACUCCUUGGUUCUCAAAGAAUAAAGCAGCAGGACUCUUGGGGACCUUCUGGACAUGUGGCCACGCACUCAAGCAAACCCCUCCUCUUCCCAAGUCAUGACUGUACGGAUGGCUUUCAUUUCAGAGGAGGGUGGUGAACACUUUCGACAGUAUUUUGCUUUCAUUUGGGCACUGUUUUGUUUGGGUGGUGGUUUUGGAGUUUAAAACCAACAACAGUUUAUAAACUGAUUUUUGUAGUUUUGGUAUUUAAAGCAAAAAAAAAAAAAAAAGCCAACCUUUUGGUAACUGCGCACCGUGUCCUUUCGACAGGGCCAGGCCGACUUAUGAAGAUGCUGCAGCUUGAGAGGGGCUUUACGGGGGGCUUCUCCCAAGCCAGGUCGAAGCCCGUCUGUGGCCCCCUUUGUGCUUUCUGCACCAGACGGCCGGAGGGAACAGCCGCACCGAGUUGUACAUGUUUGAAGUGUGCAGGGCAUUCUGGGCACCCAGCUUCAAUUCCAUGUGUAUAGCUCCCCAUGUUCAGUACCAUGCCCUCUCUGGAAAGCAGGUGUACAUAAUACUCGUCUUGCCCGUUUGAAACUGGCCCACUUGUUGGGAAUUCCCGUAGGGACACUUUUCUGGGCAUGACUGACGACAAUUUCCAUUUCACCCGUUUGCUUUGUUUUCCUUUAUCGUUACAUCUUGGACUUUAAACCCUGCAUAUGACUCAAUGGGGUUUGAGGCUUCUGUGUGGCGCAGACAGGUACACAGCGCUAGCCUUUUAGCUUCCUGACACCGUUUUCUUUGGAAAAGUGUAUUCUAGUUGCUGUCUUAUACUGAAAACGUGUUUCAACAGCCCAGCUAAAGCUACAUAUCAGUGGAGCUCAAAGUAGACGAACUGUUAAUGGGAGGUGGCAGGCAGAUCCCUGCCGGGCGCUGGAGCUCGGUGCUCCCCACACCCCUGAGCCUGUGGAGAGGGACAGGUGAGGGGGACCAGGCUGGCUCGGGGAGCAGAAGACAAGGACCUGAGCUGGUUUUUCUAUAAAUGAAACUCAGGCUCACUCUGGUCCCAAGUCCCCCACAUGACCAAGAGCACAUUUGGGACGUGGCUCAGGGGGUGAAGGGGAGAUGGAUUUUAUAGCUAUGGAAACACAAGGCUUUUCCUCUAAUGGAAGCUAAUUGGCCCCCAAAGGUAUUGAACCAACAGCUUGGGCCCUAAUUAGCAUUGUACUCUAAUCAACCGAGUCUUUCCAGACCGUAUUUAUAGCUUUCUAACCUACACAUAGUCUCUACAUAUAUGCACAUUUUACCCCAGCUGGCUAAAGAUUUAUUUGUUGUAAAUGCUGUAUAGGAUUUGUUUUUCCUUUCUUGACUUCUCCUGGUUUGGGUGUUUCGUUUGGGGAGGCGGUAGAUCUUCGCUGUCUUCUGAGUAGGAAGGGACUUGUGAGCUCCCCUCCCCUCUGUGACCGAGUGGCCUGCGCUGUCCCAGGGCAGAGGAUGGAGGCACCACCGUUGCAUCCCCAAAGGACUCGUGCACCCCUGGAUGGGUUUUUGGUUGGGUGGGGGUGGGGGGUGUUGUGUUGUUUUUGGCUUCUUUUUCCAGAGUGUGGAAGCCCACAGUGCAGACAGGCUUUAAGCUGCCGGUUGGUUUGGACUACUUUCCCCUGCGCAGGGCCGUAUGCAUCCUGCCAAGCUGCGUUAUAUUCUGUACUGUGUACAAUAAAGAAGUUUGCUUUCAGUUUA